AUGGCUUUGAAGACGGCGACGAACGGGAUGUGGAUGACGGAUGACUGCAAGAGAUCGUUCAUGGAGAUGAAGUGGAAGAAAGUGCACCGAUACAUCGUGUACAAGAUCGAGGAGAAAUCUCGAAAGGUCACCGUCGACAAGGUCGGUGCCGCCGGCGAGAGCUAUCACGAUCUCGCUGCUUCCCUGCCGAAGGACGACUGUCGCUACGCCGUGUUCGAUUUCGAUUACGUCACCGUCGAUAACUACCGAACCAGCAAGCUCUUCUUCAUCACCUGGUCGCCGGAGGCGUCGAGGAUAAGGGAGAAGAUGAUGUACGCGACGUCGAAGAGCGGACUGAGAAGAGUGUUGGAAGGGAUUCACUACGAGCUUCAGGCGACCGACCCGACGGAGAUGGGAUUCGACAAAAUCAAGGACCGGGCCAAAUGA